CUCUCAUCUUGUUCUAGUGUGCCAUUGCUCCUUGCAUCUCCAUUACUAUCCUCUGAUCUUCAUUCUUCGCCAAACAUUCACUGCAAUUUAAAACUCCGAUUGGCAAGUCAGGACCUGUUACCGGUUCCUAAUUGGUGUUUCUACCAAUUUCCAGAGAUUAAAAAUAUAUAUACAAAAUUGGUCCCAAAUCUAUGAUUUUGUUCUUCAAAUUCACACAAAAAAUCAUCUAGGGUUUUGAAUUUGGGGCACUUGCAUCCAUGUCUCGAGCACGCAAUCUAGUGGUUGCUGCAGGCUUAGUUGCUUUCGCUGGUGCGGGCAUGGCAUUUCCCUUCUACAUGGCUUCAUCAAGGAAACCUGUUAUUGACCCAACAAAGCCACUCCCACCACAAGCAACAUUUCGAGGGCCUUACAUUAACACAGGAUCACGUGAUGUUGGUCCUGAUCACCACACUUAUCAGAAGAAAUGAAACUCUUAUUUGAGUUGACUCAGUUGGGUUAGAUUAGCAAGCUCUUAUGUAUGUUUGUUGUUUGAAGAAAGGUUUUUAACCCCAAUUUUGGUGGAUCAUGAUUCUGAAGAACACGUGUUACAAGCAUUGGAAGCAAACUAAGCAAUAAGCAAGUGUUGUAGACUUGUAGUUAUUUCUGUGAGAGGUUUACUUACACACUUUGUAUGGUUUGACUUGCUUAUUGAUUUCAAUACAAAGAUUAAUAAUGUUGUUG